AUGAAGAAAAUGUAUACUAGUCUGUUGGAUCAAGCUGAAGAUAUUGAUUGGAAAGGGCUGGUUAUGGGGAACCAGGCUAGACCCCGAGCAAAGAUUAUCUUGUGGCUAGCAUGUCAUGGUAGACUUGCUACAAAAGAUAGAUUGAUUAAGUUUAGCAUGAUUAGUGAUACUAAAUGUGAAUUCUGUCUGGAAAAUGAAACACUGCAACAUAUGUUUUUUGAAUGCAGCGAAACUAGAAGCAUUUGGAAUGAGAUCAUGAGAUGGCUGCACAUUGAGAAUCAGGAGAUGGGAUGGAUGCAAGUGAAGGAAUGGUCGAUAAAACUGUGCAAGAGUAGGAACUGA